AUGGCAAGCGCGAAGGGCGGGGUGCGGAGGUCUGUGGAGCCGAACAUUACCCUCUUCAGCCCCGCCGAGAUUCGCGUGGCCAUGAUCCCUGUCGGAGAGGCGCCGGAUGCGGAGUUCCAGCGGUGUGCCUCCCUGAUCACCCGGCACAAGCAGGUGAAGCUGUCUCACGUGCGGACCUUUCAUCACGAAGCCCACAAGACGCCCUUCAAGCACAUCCCCUGGAAGAGCGGGAACAUGAACUUCAAGUUCCUCGGGGAGGAGGCCGCCCUGGGCCCCAGCCCUCUGUCCACGCUGCAUGCCCACCGGGCGGUGCUGGGCGUGAUUGGCAUCCUACACUGUGGGCACACACGUGACCUGGCCAAGGCCUGCCGCGCUUUCCAGCAGCGCUGCCAUGCGUUCAAGGGCGCCUUCACCGUGCGGCUCUUCGGCUUCGACCCCACCGACGCCCAGGUGGGCGGCGGCCUGCUGGCCCUCCCGGGCCUCGACACCUUCCCUCCGGGUGCCACCCCAGAGCACCUGCAGCACCACGCCGAGGUGGUCAUGCACGACUACGCGGCCUGCAUGCUGGGCGAGCUGGAGCGCUGGAUGCACAGCGCCUCGCCCGCCAUGCUGGACCUGGGCUCGCUGGUGGACGCGCCGGAGUUCACGGGGGCCGGGCCCCUGGAGGCGGUGCAGACGCGGCUCUACAGUGACGAGGAGGUGAAGACAAAGAAACGGUAUGGCCGGCUGCAGAAGGCUAUGGGCGACCACUGCCUGCUUGCGGGGUCACCGCGGGACGCGCUGGACCACUUCAACGUCGCCGCCGAUUUGUGCCGCGUGGUGGGGGACUGGGUCUUCCAGGCGGGGGCGUUGGAGGGCCAGGCCAGCGCCAAGGCGCUGGAGGCGGCGAUGGACGCGGGGGGGUACACGGUGAACCAGGCCUCCGUCUUCACCGACGACAAGCAGUGGCGGCGCGGCCGCGAUGGCCAGGCCUCCGGCACCGCCUCCGAGGCUGGCACUCCCGUGUCCAGCCGCGAUCUGGGGUCUGGGGACCGACAGGCCAGCGGAGGGGUCGUUACCUCAGGGCUGGAGGUCGAGCAGUCGGGGUCGAAUGGGACUGCGCCCCAGGCCGCAGACGACGCGCUGUCCCAGGCCGGCACGGGCACCAGCACGGCCUUCGGCGGUCCCAAGUUCUGGAAGGCGUUGCGCAGCUCCGGCGUGGAGGGGGAGGUGCGCGCGCACAUGGCCGAGGCCAAGGCGGCGUUGCGGCGCAAGGGCGUGCUGCCGCUGCAGGCGGAAGCCGAUUUGAAGCUGGCGCGCUUCCUGGCCGGCCUUCACGGCGAGGCGGCGCGGGCUGAGGUGUCCGACCUGGUCACAGGCGUGCUUUCCUUGGUUGAGGGCAUGCCCCUGCCCGAGGACCGUAUGCUGGCCUUCGUGGAGGGCGCGGGGGCGCUGGGGCUGGUGGGCUCGCUGCGCAAGCGCAUGCUCCUCCUCUGGCAGGCGGUGGAGCUGAGCAAGUACCUAGGCUUCCCCAAUCUGCGCAGCCUGGAGGUCGCCAGGAAGGCGCUGGAGCCGCCGGAUCGACACAUGGACCCUGUGGGCCUGGAGGAGCCCUGGAGCACGCCCCGCUCCGCCCUGCACCGGGAGAGCCCCAGCCUGUGGCCCCAGGUGCGCGCCGGCUGCCUGGAGGCCAUCCUGGGGCUGGCCAUCUACGCCAAGCAGCACGCCGAGGUGUGGGAGGCGGCGGCCGUGCUCCUGCGCGACCACCCCGCCGAGCUGUCGCCGCACCGCCAGCAGAGCCUGCUGGAGAACAUGCUGGCCGCCGCGGCGCAGAUGGCGCCCGCCGAGCGGAUGGUGCUCGAGGUCGAGUACCUGGGCACCCACGACGCGCGCCCCGUGUCCCCCGCUGCCCAGCCCACGGUGGGUGUGUUUCGGGGGGUUGGGGGGGAGGUUUUCUGGGUAGGAAGUCGAAGGAAACAGGCUGCAACAGGGUAUCACUGCCCUGGCUGGAUCCCCGUGAUCGGCGCCUGCUCGGCGAGUGUGGGGCCGUCAACCCGCCUCCACCCCCUCUCAAAUCAACCCACCCCUGGCCUCUGCAGUCGGCGUGGCGCAACAAGCCGGUGUCUCUGA